ACGUUUAUCAUUGACAUUUAACUUCUGCAGCUUUGUGUAAAAAUAGUCGGUUCCUCGUUCAUUUUUGGUUUUUUGCAAUUUAAGGGUAAAUUUUGGAAAUUGCAAAAUAUGACGACUUAUCUUACCGACAGUGAUGGUAAGUUUAUUCCAGCGACGCAGAGACCCGAUGGCACUUGGCGCAAAGCACGUCGCGUUAAAGAUGGAUAUGUGCCACAGGAAGAGGUGCCCUUGUACGAAAGCAAAGGUAAGCAAUUUGCCCAACGUAAAAGCACCCUACCGCCUGGUAUGUGUCCACUAGUAGUCCAACAGGCAAAAAAAGAUCGAGAGAAACAAGAACGGGCUAAAGCUAAAAAGAUGGCAAAACAGCAGGAAAACGAUAUAGCUUCAAAAUCGGGUAAUGCCGGUAUUGCUAAUAAUAAGAAAGCGAAGCAACCUCAACCACAAACGCAACAAACACCCGGUCUACUUCUUCUUCCUAACAGUGGAAACUCAAAUGCUGCAGUGCAAAAACCCAAUACUAACGCAACUAAAACAACAUCGAGUACAAAUAGUAAUGAUGCUGUUGUAAAACUCGCCAAUGACUUGCAGGCCACCUUACAAUUACAAACGGAUGAAGGGCAGGAUAUUUCCAAGAAACUGAAAAAGCUCCGCAAAAAAUUAAGAGAAAUUGAAACUAUAGAACAGCGUAUCAAGAGUGGAGAACUGAAAAAGCCUGAAAAAGAUCAGUUAGAUAAGGUGAAGCGAAAAAAAGAAGUUAUAAAAGAGAUCAAACAACUUGAAGAUGAGGAAGAGGCUUUGGGCAAUAUCAAAGACAAAGAUUAAACUAAAUGCGCACAUCAAACAAAACCGAGUGCCAUGAAAUAGUUAAAGCGACGAAAUGUACUGCUGUACGACACCACCCACUGAAUGUCUGCCCUGCGGGACGACUAACCUCAGCUAAUAGUAUAUAAUUAAUUAUUUUAUUCUUAAUAUUUGAAGUUCUUAAAAUGCGGUUUUAACAUCUUAAAACUAAAUAGCGCAACAUAUCCAUCGGUUUUUGUUGGCAUACGUUCAGGCGCAUAAUUUUUGUUUUAAAAUAUUUUAACAAUUUAUCCUUGUGAAUGUUUUCUUCAUGCAUGGUUUUAAAUAAAUUUUAAGAUUUUAUUGCGCAUUUUAUUGUAUUAUGCCAAGCGUUAUAUUUUAACAAGUUGUUUAAAAUCUGUAUAUCUUGUUUUCAAAGAUAAUUGGUCGGUUUGGAGACAAAAAGUGCAAAAUUUUAAACCGGUCAAUCUAUAUUAAGUUGUUAGCCGUAGUCAUGUAACAAAAAUCAUAUUUUAUUUUACAAUCAAAUAUUUGUAUAAUAAAUAAGACAAGUGUACAACUGCCUAAAACUUGCGCAUUCUGUUUUCAUACAAAGACAUAAUAGCAAUAAAGUAAUAAAUCAAAAAAAAACUAAAAUAUUGAUGAAUGCUCGAUAGUAAAAUAAGAAGGUAAAUUUGAUAUAUUUUAACGAUUGCAAAGCAUUUAAAAAAUGUCCGAACUAAUAAAAAAAAAAUAAAAUCAUACGUAAAAAUAAGUGAGAGUUGCUCUAUAGAAGACGAUAAAUCAAAUUGUAUAAAUUAGCAGAGUUACAUUUAUAUUUAUUUGUAAAAUAGUUUUAAAUGCUUACGAAUAUACUUCAAAAUAAGUAAAAAAAAAAGAUCUAACAAUAUGUAUGUUUACUUUUUAAAUAUAGUUUUACAAUUUUAUGUGAGGUCUAUAGUAGAAUAUCUUGUAAUAAGUAUUUAAAAAUAACAUAUAUAUAUAUAUAUAUGUACAUAUAAACUAUAUAUAUCGUUUGUAGCGGUGAAAUCAAUAUUGAAUACAAAGUUGUGAAUCAUAUAAACUCCAGCGACGCUAAGAAUCUUAUAAAUGUUUGACACUGAAUAAAAAAGAAAUAAUAAAAUAUCAA